UCGAGAAGAGAGAGAAAGCGAGAAGGGGUCUCCUUCCUCUCACACGUCAGUGUGGUCAGAGGCGAAACCGUACUUUUACCGCCUCUCUCUCAUUCCCCGCGGAAACACAUCGGAAACUCAGAAAAGCUACAAUCUUCAAAAAUCCCAACCCGAAUCUGCAAUUCCCCUUCUUCAAUCCGGCACAGGAAUUGAAAUAUAAGGAAUGCCAUUGUAUAAAAGAAAGCCAUUUCCUUUGGCGGAAAAGCCCACUGAUUUAAAGCCGAAUGAGCUGGUCUUCCGAGUUAGAUUCACCAAUGAGAUCUUUAGGGAUUAUGGUGAUUAUGUAAAGCAGAUAAAUCUUUAUCGACAAAGGAUCUGGAUGUGCAAAUUGACUGGGAAAAGCAACCUGACAUAUGAGGAGGCAUUGGUUUCAGAGAAGGCUGCUGGCAAAGAGGCCCAACGGUUCCCAAAAGAACUGAUGGCUCCCGUUCUUCGUGAUGUUCAAUUCAGCAUGCUUAGUUUAAAAGAUCUUGCCAAUACAAUUGCUAUAAAGCUCCAAGGUUGCUUGUCAGAGGGUAGUGAACUGUAUGGGACGAUGAACAGUUGCGUUUAUCCUUGCAAGAUUGUAAGAGUUUUAGAGAAUGAGAAACCUCUAUAUGAGGUUGCAUGGCAGGACAAAUAUGAUAAAGUACGUGAAAAUACACUAUUAAAGGAAGAAGAUCUUAUAGUGAAGAAGCUGCCUUGUAGUAAAGGUGCUCUGAAGCUUUUCAUCAGGGAGUCUACAUAUCAUAGCAUUCCCUGGGUUUUACAUGACAAGUUGGCAAAGGACCAUGGUAUUCCUACUCAUCCUCCUGAAGAGCUAAAAGGAAGAUUCUCUCUGCAGGAUGGACUGGUUGUCACAAAUAGGAAGCGAAAGAAAAGUGGAGAUAGAAAAAAUGAUGCGGAAGUAGAUAAGGAUGAGUUCUUAGACCCCAAACGGAAGAACACAGGGAGAGAACAACACAAGGGCUUCACAAAUGAAGAGAUUUUUGAAAAUGGCACUUCAGAGACACUGCCCAUUAAAUAUCCCAUUGAUGAUCUACUGGUGCAACCUUCAGACAGUGAUAUACAAUUGACUGAACGAUCUCCUCUGCGUUGGGAUUUCAAUGUCCCAAUGCAUUGUGUGGGGGAUCUUUUGAUGGUUUGGGACUUUUGUAUUUCAUUUGGCAGGCUAUUACAGUUGUCACCGUUUUCACUUGAAGAUUUUGAAAAUGCUGUCUGUCACAAGGAAAGCAAUGUUGUUCUCAUUGUGGAAUCUCAUGCAGCUCUUCUGCGCUUGCUAAUUAAAGACAAUGGGGAGUAUUUCACUGCUAUACAAAAGAAAAAACGGAAGUCAAAGAUUACGUUGAUCACAUGGACUGAGUAUUUAUGUGAUUUCUUGGAAAUGACGGGCAUUGCUGAGUUGUCUGCACAUAUCUCUACAAUUAAACGUGGCCAUUAUGGCCUUCUAGAUGUUCAUGUUAAAUUAGCCAUCCUGCGGGAACUAGUUGCUCAAGCUCUUGAGUCAGAUCUUUUCAAGGAAAAGUUGGAUGAGGAUAUGGACAAGAGGCAGGCACUGGCAGCAGCAAGGAGGGAUGAAGCUCUGGAAGAAGGCAGAAAGAGGAGAGAAGAAAAGGAACGUUUAAAGAUUCAGUCUACUGGAAAAGACGCAAUGAACGGGCAUGGCAACUCAGUAGAUCCUUUGAAUGUUAAAAAGAAUGUAGAUGCUCCAAAGAAAGGGUCGGAUGACAGUGAAAGUGAGCUAGAAGAUGUCACUUUUAAGAAUGCUAAGAAGCAAAAGAUAAAUGAGAAAGAUGCUGCUGAAUACAUGGACGAUUCACCAAAGAAGUCUGCUAACAAGGAUGAAAUGGAGGAAUCACCAGAAAAGUGCAAGGACCACCAGAGGGCAGCUCAUAAAAUGCGGAAGAAUGAAAUAAAGGAAACAAUUGAAAAUAGGAGCAAGGAACAAAGGAAAGAAUAUCUUGACCGGGAAAUAGAGAAGACAAUUAUACGCACCAAUCCAUUGGGGAAAGACAGAGACUAUAAUACAUAUUGGUUUUUCAGACGUGAUGCAAGAAUAUUUGUUGAGAGUUCUGACUCCAUGCGGUGGGGCUAUUAUUAUACCAAAGAUGAGCUUGAUGCUCUGCUGGGCUCACUUAAUGUGAAGGGUGUUAGGGAGAGAGCUCUUAAGAAGCAGUUGGAAAAUUUUUAUGGAAAAAUUAGCUUGGAAAUUCAAAAGAGAUCAAAGGAGGCAGCUCUGCGAGUUGCAAUGGAAGAAGCUGUUCUCCGGAGGUCUACUCGUGUGCGUGCCCCACCAAGAGACAAUCCCGCUCUUGCUUUCUUAAAGUACAUAAACAAGUGGAAAGAAGAAUGAAGAUGACCAACUCUCUUUAUUUCACAAAGGCCUUAGUCUGCAUUUGAUGAUACAUCUGAAACUAACCUCACAUUGAAUUGGAAGCAGAUAGUUUCUGCCGCAUUAAUUAAAAACUGACCAUUCUUUCUUUCAUGGUGGAAGCUCUUCCUCAUUUUGAUUUUUUUACAUUUUCCAACUGUGGUCAUCAUAGGAAUGAAGUUUUGCUCCUUUCAAUCCUAUGAUCACGGCCUUUGUGUAACAGGAACAACACAAUUUUGUACAGUAGAUGAUGCUUAUUGGCUAGUUAUUUUGUUUUAUUCU